AUCACAGAACCACUUAAAAAUAAACAGUUUGUCUCUGUGGUCAGUUUAAACUGUCUGAUCCAACCAGUGACCAGUGACCAGUGACAGAGACUGUAACUUACUGUUUAUCCAAUAACAGAAGGGGAACCUCUCCUGCAUCAAACCUAUCUUAACGUCCAAUAACUCCAAGAGCUGGCCCAUCAAAAUGUAUCAAAAUGUAUCCAAUUUUUUUUUAUUGUUUCACAAGAUGUGUCUCACAUCACAGGCCACAUGGAAUAGCUUUACAUACAAAAGCUCUGCAACUUGGCGGUCUUGUGAUAAAUUGCAGAAAGAAACAGGUCUCUGGGAUCCAUCCCAGAACAUCCCAGGGUUUGUUGCAUUCUGUGAACCUUAAGUCACACAGCACAUAUGUAGAGGGAAAUCCGAGCCGACCGAACCAUGUCACACUGGUUCAGCUGACACUGUCUCAGAAUCUGACAGAGGACAGACUACUAACCGCUGUACUUUGCGUUGUUUGGUCUAGAGCUGCGGACACUUCACUGAACUAUCACAGUCUCUGCAGAUGUUGAAAAAACCCUGGAGUACGCACUAACAGUUCCAGCUUACUUUUAACAAUCGCAGUACAAACGUCUGCACCCAACCAGUUGGACAAGAUCAGCACCUGAUUGGUCCAGUGAUGGCGAUAUAUUUCCAGAACAAUCCUGUUCUACUGUGCUUGAAGCCUGAGCUCAUUCUUUCUGUUUUUAGUUCAACUUUUGCAUUUCUGCCCUCUCUUUUUUUAUAUUAUUUUAUGGCAGUCAGUCCUGGUUGAACAAAUGAAAUUGAUGGUCCACACAUUUCUGAAGAUUUUAUCUAAUGUCUUGUCCUUGUUGGGGUUUUUUUUUCUCAGUUUAAUUCGAUAUCUGUCAAAUGGAACAAAAAAAAUUCAGAACCUUUUUCUAAAUUAUUCAAAUCUUCCCUUCAAUCAGGAAAUAAAAUGAAGCAGGGCUCCCCAACCCAUGGUCCGGGGACCGCUGCCAGUUUUCAUUCAAAUAUAAUGUGUCAAUGUUUCAAAACAGCAGGUCAUCCAGACUCUGAUACUGACAGAAGAAAGUCUAGAAGAUGUUUUAUUUUGAAAAUGUAAUGAUCCUUCAACCAUGGCACCGUAUUACCAGUCCGCAGUAAGGUUGUGGGACCGCUGAUGUGAAGUGUGAAGCGAGUAAGAAUUUUGUCUUUUUUUUCUUGUUCACGCCCGCCACUAUAUCCGUCCUUAAUGAAGCGCUCAUGAUGCUGACUGACUCCUUUAACCUUGUGUGGUUCUGUCUCCAGGAGCCGUGAGGAUCAGUCCCCCGUGGUCCACUUCAUAUCUAUAAACACUCCGGGGUCGCCACAUCAACCGCAGGUCUCCCUCGUGUUUGUUGUUGUUACAGUGACCUGUUAACCGUUAGCCACAGUUGAAGCGAAGGAGAGGCUGUUUAAUCAGCAGUCACCCGACUCGCCGAUACCUCUACGUGCUUGACGAAAAGCAGGCCCGUGGUUUGUUUGAUGGAUGGGACAGUAAAGUGUCUGUACCGAGGGGAUUUUCAACCCUGGGUGGUGUCUAUCAGGCUCCAAACAGUUAUGUUUCUGCGAACAGUAAACCUGACCAGGAAGAAAAAGAGGUUUUAGAAGAACGCUGGAGCCAAGGUGACCAUCUGUCGGGUUAACAGGAAGUGGUUCCCUUUAAGGCUACGUCGGACCUCGGUAGCUACAGGAGCUCACAGUCUUUCCACAGCGCAGUUAGCUGAGAGGGGUUAACGCCACACCUUACUCCAGGUCCGUCUCAUCAAAGUGCCGAAGGAUGAACAGCGCAGCUAUGUACCCCACUGCCACGGCGCCUCCAGCCAACAUGUUCAACACUGUACCAGGCUAUGAGGGCACCGUGAGUGGAGGAGGCGGUUAUCUCCCACCUCCCAUGCCUGCGGAGCCUGUGGCUCCUCCUCAACCUGGACCAGUACCUGACAACUGGACCAUUCCAUCUCUCGAGGAGGACGUGGCUCGCGAGGCGUUCAAGAGCUUUGCAUCUUCUCAUUGCUGCUACAGCAAGGCUCCAGCCACCGAUGGAGUCAUUACCAAUAUGGAGCCGUUCAACACCUUCAGGUAUCGGUUGGAGACUUUCACUGAGUCCAGGUCAACUGAGUGGGCCCACAAACCUCAUGAAGGUGAGCCGGCUGACUUCUACACCCAGACUGCCCCCCGUCCCUGGGAGGUCCCGGCCACGGCACCUGAGCUCUUCACCAAUCACACUCAAAAGAUCAGGGUUCCCUACCCCUCCUCCGUCAAGGAUUGCCACGACUGUCACAGCUCAGGGAAGGCACCAUGCACCGAAUGUCAUGGAGAUGGAUAUAAAGCAUGCUGGGUGUGCAACGGUGCUGGGACCAAGAAUGAUAUGAACUGCUCCACCUGUAACGGCACCGGCAGAGACAAUUGCAGAGAGUGUGACGGCCAAGGCACGAAGAAAUGUAAAACCUGUGACGGAAAACGCCAACUGCUGACCUUCAUCGAGCUCAAAGUGGAGUGGACUAAUCAUGUUGACGACCAUGUUGUGGAGCAGAGCUCUGGCCUAAAGGUUGGAGAUCUUCACUCAGUGAGUGGGAAGGAGCUGUUCAAGAACAACAACUACCUGCUCUACCCUCUGAUUGGUUUUCCCAACGCUGCCAUUGCUGAAUCCUCUGAGCGUCUGAUCAGGGAGCACCAAAGCAAGUACUCACCCAACUCCAGGAUCCUGCAGCAGAGGCAGAAGGUGGAGUUAAUCCCCAUCACUAAGGUGAACUACAAGUGGAAGGGAGACACACACGUUUACUACAUCUACGGCAACGAGCACCAAGUCAGCUCAGACAACUACCCGGCAACCUGCUGCUGUGUCAUCCAGUAGACACACACACACACACACACACACACACAGAGCAUCUGUCUUUUUCCUAAACUAACCACUUUAACCAUUUUAACCACUCUAACGACUAAUCAAAUGUUGGACGACUGUGAACCUUAAGUUGAACAGAGCCUUGUGUAGAAGUGUUUGUUCUGUUGUUACAGACGAACGUUACAGUUGAGUUACACAAAGUGAAUUUUUAAGUGCAACGUUGCCGUUGUCUAUCAACGGUCCACUUUCUGAUCACAUUUCAUACGAGACCUCCAUGUUUACUGCCUUACAAACAUUUUUUCCAGAAUCUUCAGGGUCACUAAAACUUAAAACCUCAGCUGUUGUGAAGGAGUUAGGAUUUAUUUUCCUGUUCACCUGAAAAAUGAUUUAAUAUUGUCUGGGUUUUUUCCUCCUCCUUCAGUUGUUGUCUCUGUAUAGACACCUGUGUUGGCUGUGGAGAGCUUGGCACAGAUCCUAGCAUUCUUUUCUGGUAACUCAUAUCACUUUUACAGUUUUCUUCUUGCCAAUAAAUGCCUUCGUAUUUUUUCCAAAGGAAAAUCCUCAGUUCUAAAAUAUUGAAGUCUUGAAUCCAAAGGGAACAAAUAAUCACUUGUUUCUGGGUUUCUAUCUUUGUUUUCCUACUAAACUUCAGUGAUUUUUUUUUUGUUUGGUUAUAUUACGUUUUCAGAGGCAAAUCUUUUACUUUUGUGUAUUCUUAAAAGAAAAAAGCCACGUCAGGGGGAUAAAGUGUGAAUAAUGAGCUCUUGAUAUGAACCAACAGUUACCCUCAUGUAUUAUUAGGGUUUGUUUUUUUUUUACCAGAAAUAUCAUCUCAAAUCCAAAUAAACAGUUUUCAGAAGUUUGCUGUUUUUGUUUAGCUAGGAAUGCAAAUAUAUGUUGUUGUUUUGUUUUUUUUUACAGCAUGACACUUGUCAUACAGAUCAAAACUCCAGUCUGACCUACAUUUACUGUUUUUUUAGUGGUUUUGUUUUUGCCACCAUAGAUUCCUCAGCCAAAGGAGUUACAUUUCCAGCUGUAUCUGUGUGUAUCUUUGUCUCUCUCUGUUUUUUUCUGUACCUCCAGGAAGUCCAGGAGAUAUAUGGAAAAAAUGUGAGGGUGGAUGAGAUUUCAGGAUUUUUUUUUUACCUAGGUUGGAUCAAGGAGGGAAUGUGGCUUCUAUCCAGGGGUCUCAAACUUAGAUGAGCUGAGGGUCACUGCGUGUCAUGUCCUCUCAUUGAGGGGCACAGACGUCACGUCAGUGUUGACAAAGAAGUCAACUAGUUUACUACUUUCUUUAUUGUGCAAAUACACUAAUGCAAGUGUUAGCAGAAUAAAAGUUUCAAAUAUGAUUUUAAACAAAUUGCAAAUAUCGUUUUCCUAAAUCCUGACUUACUUUCUUGACCCAAAAAAUAUUCCCAUAGUAUUUGAGUACAUCAGACACAAAUGUAGCAACAUCUCUCUUGUCACCUCAAAUCUGUCGGUUAGUGCCUGUCAUCCAUUCUCCUUUCACUGGGAUUUGCUGGUUGGAAGAGGCCCCCGACCCAGGAGUUUGUUACUGUAGUUUUCCAUUUUAUUCCGUGACUUGUCUUUCCACUUUCCUGGUCAGGCAUCACACAUUAGUUUUAAAUGGUAGUCAAACAAAGUGGUAGUGUUGAAAGGGAAGCCCAACGUAGCGUCACAAAAUGUCAGGAGGAACAUCGAUGUGAGUCUCAUUCAGAAUCAAUAACUUAGACGUAUGUAGUAAAGGCCACGAUUCAGGUGGAGUUUUUUUAUAGAUUUGUUUUUACUUUAUGAUGCUAUUGUUGGUAUUGUUGUCUUUCAACAGAACCUUAGGGCUUCCCCCAACGCCCCCUGCAGCCAUAUAUGGAUAUUUCUACAGUGUGAUGUCAUUAAGUCUGUCUUCAUUACAGAUUUAUAGUCAGUCGUUUUAAAACUUCAGAAUACAUUGCUAUUUAUAUGUCUAUGAAGAUUCUCAGUCAUCCAGGUCAUGGUCAAGGUUGAAAAGUUCUGUUAGGCAACUGGACGUGAAUUUUCUAAAAGAAGACGUUUCACCUCUCAUCCAAGAGUCUUCUUUUAGAAAAUCCACGUCCAGUUGCCGAACAGAACUUUUCAACCAUUGCUAUUUAUAUGCAGUCACAACCUUGAAAAUACACUUUUAACAAUAAAAUACAUUUUCAUUAUUAAUUUGUAAUAUUUGUCAUAUAUCUGCUAUAACUGGCCAUUAUUGCCUUUUUUAUUUAUUUUAACUUGUGCUUGAGGCAACAACACUGUGAUCUGGUGAAAACCUCUUACAAAGAACAGAUGCCUUCGCUGUUAGUACUCUUAUAUACUGUGUAUCAUCCACCGUAUGAACAUCCUAGUCAUGAAAAUAAACUCAGUCUAUUUGA